AUGGAGCUGGGAGCGGAAGCGGGCCUGACCCGCACAGCUGGGGCAGCCCAUCUGCGCGACCGCCUCUCCUGCGGGCACCUGCGGCCCGCCUUGCCCUUCGCGGGUUCCGCAGAGCCUCUGCAGGCGGAGGAGACCUCGCAGGUCACGGGUCUCUUCGCGGCCAAUAACCGGGAGUUCGAAAGCGCGGAGUCAGAAAGCGACACUUCGGACGUUUCAGAAGAACUUUCUUCACAAGAUGAAGGAGGAAAUUCCCCAGGAGAAACAGCAUCUGAUUUGAAAUCUGGACUGGAGGACUCUGCUUUCCCUGACACUCAGUUACAAAGGGAAGAAAGACCAACAAGCACUUGUUCUUCCAGUGUGGUGGGAGAAGUAGUAAAAACUAUGCAGCAGUUCAUGGAGAAGUUCAGCGUGGACCUGUUCACUGUUACACAGGCCUUUCUGAAAAACAGUGGUGAAGUGGAGGCUGCUUCAGACUUUCUGCAGAUGGGGCAGCGCUUGGAUGGGUACCCUGUAUGGAGCAGAGAGGAUGAUUUAGAAUUGCAAGAGGAUGAUGAACAUGUCAGAAAUAAAUUGAUAGCCAAAUUUGGAGCUGAAAAUGUAGCAAAGCGGAUAGCAUUUAGGAAGAGUUAGCAAGAGGAGGACGACUGAUCUAGGACUGUGGCAGGAACUUUAUAGUAAUUUCAGAAAUGUGAUGGAAAAUUUGAUCAACAUUAUGAAGUUUCAAUGCUUUAAAGUAAUUUUUUUAAUAAAAGGCCCAUUUUUAUCUCUACAGGUUGAAGUGGUGCAGCUUCCUUAAUCCAGGCAAAGUAACACAUGUACCAGACCAUAUAUUCUAGUUGGAAAAAGUACACCAGCUUCCAGAGCCAUGUGCCAUAAUAGAAGUAGGAGAGACAAGUUAACUAAGAGU